AUGGCUUCCACAGCAGCAGCAAAAAGAAAGCUCGUCGUGUGUGGUGGUAACGGAUUCUUAGGAAGUCGAAUAUGCAAAGCCGCCGCCCACAGAGGCUGGUCCGUAACCUCGAUAUCCCGCUCCGGCAUCCCCCACUGGUCCUCUGUCUCUUCCUCUCCGAACCCCCCGGACUGGGCCGAAAAGAUCUCAUGGCAAAAAGGCGACAUACUGGACCCAGCAUCGUACACGCAGCACCUCGAAGGCGCAGACGCCGUCAUACACAGCAUGGGCAUCCUGCUCGAAGCCGACUACAAAGGUGUCAUCAGCGGCCGCGAGAGCCCGAUAAAAGGACUGCAACGAGCCUUUAGCCGUACAAAGGCUGGAACACAGAAUCCGCUAGCACGAAAACAGGGCGAGAAGUUGGAGCCGCAGGAGAAGGAUGGGCAGUUGACGUAUGAAGUUAUGAACAGAGAUACAGCUGUCUCCCUAGCUCAAGAAGCAUCGACACGCAAAGUACCGAAUUUCGUUUACAUUUCUGCGGCCGCUGGUACACCGAUUCUGCCUGCACGCUACAUCACUACGAAACGCGAGGCCGAGUCUCUGAUUUCCACAACAUUCCCCACUAUGCGAUCGAUUUUCAUUCGGGCGCCCUUCAUGUACGAUAGCAGUCGGACUUUUACGCUUCCUAUUGCGGCGGCUGGUGGUGUCGCAAGCAUGAUCAACAGCGCAGUCGGAGGUCGAUUGACGUGGUUGAUGGGUGCAGGGGGUAUAAAGCCUUUGAAAGCCGAUCUUGUUGGUGAAGCAGUGGUAGAGGCGUUGGAGGAUGAUGACGUUCGUGGUCCAGUCGAAGUACCGGAUAUUGAGAGAUUGGGCACACGCGCGUGGAGGAAGAACAUGUUGUAG